AUGGCAGGUGUUGGAGCAAGCGAUCCGCAGCGGGGGCAACAAGACGGGCUGCCUCCGAGCCCACCGUCGCAGGGGACCGGCCAGCCCAGCCUCUUUCAAGAGCCGGAGCAGGCCCUGGGGGGGACGGCCGAAGGGCUUGCUCAUGAAGACAAACUCUCUGUGUGCAGCAAACUAUGCUAUGGCAUUGGAGGGGCUCCAAACCAGGUUGCUAGCAGUGCCACCUCAUUCUUUCUGCAAAUCUAUCUCUUGGAUAUUGCUCAGAUUCCUCCAUUUCAGGCCUCUUUGGUGCAGGUCAUUGGCAGAGCGUGUGGAGCGGCUGCAGAUCCUCUUGCAGGGUUUUUUAUUAAUCGGAGCAAAACAACCAGGUUUGGGCACCUCAUGCCUUGGUUGUUGGGUUGCACACCAUUCAUGAUUGUGUCCUAUAUCUUGCUGUGGUACUUACCUCCCUUCGUAUCAAACCGAAUUCUGUGGUAUCUGACUGUUUAUUGCCUUUUCCAAGCCCUGAGUACACUGUACCAGGUGCCAUAUUCUGCUCUCACCAUGUUUCUGAGCACAGAUCAAGCGGAUCGCGAUUCAGCAACUGCCUUCCGAAUGGCAUUUGAAGUUCUUGGAACAUUGAUUGGAGCUACGCUACAAGGUCAAAUAGUUGCUGGUGCUCACACUUCUCAUUGUUGUAGCCAGAAUGAAACUAUCGAGCUGCAACAGAACAGCUCUGAAGUUCUAGAUGUGUCUUAUGGAAGGAAGGUCUACAUGAUUGCAGCUGGACUGGUAGGAGGCAUCUACCUUGUCGGCAUCCUUUUCCUAUUCUUUGGAGUGAAAGAAAAAGUUGAUCCAUACACCUUAAUGCCAGCCAAAAAAGUUCCUUUCUUUAAAGGACAAAAGCACGCAAUGAUGCAUCGGCCAUAUUUGAUAUUUACAGCAGCAUUUCUCCUGAUUUUAACAGCCGUUCAGAUCGAACAAGGAAACUUUGUUCUUUUUUGUACUUAUGCAGCUGGUCUUCGCAAUCACUUUCAGAAUUUAGUGCUAAUUAUCUUGGUGUCAGCUACAGCAAGCGUUCCCUUCUGGCGAAGAUUUCUGAAGCGUUUUGGCAAAAAAAAAGCAGCGUGCGGAAUAUCAUUGAUGAUUCCUUCUGUAAUCAUGCUGGUGACUAUCCCAAAUCUCUAUCUUGCCUACUUCGUGGCUUUUGCAUCUGGGCUUAGCAUUGCAGCGUCUUUCCUCCUGCCAUGGUCCAUGCUGCCUGAUGUAGUUGACCACUUUCAACUGCAGAAUCCUCACUUACCAGGGCAUGAAACCAUCUUCUAUUCUUCCUUCAUAUUUUUCACAAAAAUGUCAACUGGAAUUGGAAUGGGGAUUUCUUCCUUCAGUCUCCAAUUUGUAGGCUACAAAUCGGGGAUGUGCACACAGUCCAUCUAUGUUGUCAUCACGCUGAAAAUCUUGGUUGGUGGAAUUCCAUCCAUCCUCAUACUCUUAGGCUUAUCUGUACUCCUGUUGUAUCCAGUCAAUGAGAAAAGUCAAAAAGAAAUGAAACACGCCUUUGAAAAUUCAAGGAGGAUUCAUUCAAGCACUGAAAAUUUUGCUGAAGAAAGCACUUUUGCUGGAAAGCCUGAACAAAAAUAGAAACCCAGUGGUAAUGGAAAUGCAACCGGGGGGCAGCACUUCACCAUGCUUGAAGGCAUUUGUCUUAUUCGACUGGUGAUUAGCCAUCAACAUACCAAAGCUACACUGAUCAAAAAGAUGAUACUUCGGAGCAUGGCUUGGAGAGCUUGUACAUCUGUAAUGCCAUAUCGUACAGUAUUGUUCACAUGCUGUGAAGCCUUGGAAGAGCUGUUUAUAAGAUGCAAUAGGUGGCGCUCCCUCCUUUCAUUUACAGUACAGUAUGUGUUACACUGAGGAGGACAGCUGCCUAACAAGAUAAAAGCCGUGGUCUUGUGGGCGCUAUCCAUAAGCUGUAACCAAGAAAGUGGUUAGAGGAAAUUUCAACUAAUUAUAAGUUAGGGUUCCUACCAAAGGAAAUCCCAUAAUUUCUGUUGAUCACAGAAUUCUGUUUAUCAUUAAUGCGUUGCCAUAUAAUCCACUGGCUUCUCAUGUGUUUGUUCAGCUUCCAGUCGUAAGACUGUGAAGCAAGAGCUUAUAAAAUCCAGCAGUACUGACACUUCCUUAUUCUCAACAAGCUUUGAAUAGCCUGAGAAGUUCUUAUAAAAUGGUAUAGGUAUACAAUUUGAAGUAAAUCAUUCCUUGAUUAAUGGAAUGCAAGGUCAAAUUCAGUUAUUCCAAGAUUCAGAGGUUCAGCUGAUUAUGUCUUCACUUCAUAACCACUUAUGGAAUACUAGUGGUACAGACUUCUGUUUGGCAACGUGCAGCCAUUUUGUGGAAAAAUUGGCAUUAUACAUCAUGUGAAUAGCUGGCAUCCACAGAAAAGGUUACCACCGCGGAAAUUGCUUUCAUAGUUAUGCAGGGAAAAAGAAGAAAGAAAAUGGCUAUAUUGGGCUUUUAUCAGUAGUACACCAGAGGAUGAGAGACAGUUCACUAAAUGAUGGAGUCAAAUGUAUUAUUAUUCCAGGUAGCCCAUUUUUGGAUUAAUUUGGAGGAAUAGAACUCAUGAAUUCUAAAAGUCUGACUUUCAGAUGUUUGUUAUACUAAAUGGGGUUCACGUGAAUAUCAUAGGAGCAUGUAGUGUCACCGCUGAUUUUGAAAUCUGAUAUAUGGAGGUGCUCUAUCAACUGAACAUUUUGUGAGGCAUUAUAAUUGUGAAUUGUAGUAGCUACGGGUUCCCUUGAUGGAAGCACCAGUCUGCACUACAAGUACUUCUACAGGUACAUAGCAUUUUCAUUGACAGGCUCAAUAGCAGUUCUGUGUGCUCCACAAGAAUGCCACUGAAACUUUUUUUAAAAAGCCUGUAUUUAUAUGGUAAAUGGAGGUAUUACAUACACACACACACAGAGUAUGGGGCAGACUUUCAGUCUAGUGAUGGUGAAAUGUGAUGAGAUAUAAAACUCCACUAUUUUUAAUGCUGCCAGCAUGAAAACUACAGGCUUUUUAGAAUUGGAUGCAGACUUUGUAAGUCUGAUGCAUUAUAACAGCCAAAAUUAUAGCUAAAUGUAUUUGAAAAUGGGUGUUUAUUUUUGUUAAUGGAUUCAUAGAUUAAGCUUAAAACACCCCUAGAGUUGGAGAAAUGUAUUAAUGCUUAACUUAUUUUGGAAAUAAUUCAUUGGGAACAGCUCUUUUAGUGGGCAUUAUGAAUAACUGGAAGUUGGGCAAGAGCUGGGCAAUAUUGUGAUUUACAUUUUCAGUAAGACUUGUAGACAAGAUAUUCCUGGUAGAUUGUGUGUUUAUAUGGUUCUAAAAUACACUUACACAGGCUCUCCCACUCUCCAGAUGCAUCUCAGUAGAAUAUGUUUUAAAAUCAUUUAAAUUGUUGUCUAUUCAUAUGCAGGGAUGAUUGAAAUCAUAAUAGGAAUGAGCAAAGUAGGAUUUCUGAUUCAGAGUUAAAGUAAAACUGAUAGAAUAAGUUGAAUACAAUAAAUACAGCAGCAAUUGUGCCACCAUCUGUUAAAUUCAUCUCACAAAAACCUCAGCCACCUCUUUCCCUUUCUUAGGCUUGCUAGGAAAACUGGACCCCUAUGAAGAUCUUGCCCAGGAGACUAAGUUCUCAAGUGCAAAUUCUAGUGAGCUUUUUGAUUCAAUUGAUCUCAUGUCCUUGUUUGGCUGGGAGGAGAAUACAGUCUUUGUGAAUGGAGUCAAAUUUCAUAUGUUGGCUGCAAAACAUCAGUAACCUCUAGAGGGCAGCAAAGAUAUUCAGAGAACUCUCACUUUGCUAUUGUCUAGUGGUCAUCUGGAUUUUUGCAGCCCAGACAGAAUAACCUUAUUUUAUAUUAAAUACUUACGUGUUUUUAAAUAAUUGUUGCAAUGUUGUCCUUUACAGUUUUGGGGAGUUGUUUUACAUUUUUUGCCUUUAUUUAUUUAAUAAAACAGAAAAAAUA